GAAAAGAUGCAUAGAGAAAAGAAACAUUAAGGAGUGCAUCCUAUUUCACUGCUCCAAAAAGGACAAAAUUAUUAACCCCUUUGCUUCUAGAGCUGGAGAAGAAACCAGGAAACUGACAGCAACAUGGAAGAUGAGACAGGGAACAGUUUCUGUCCUAUCAACAGCAGCCAACUCUCCCCUAAGAAUGCAAGCCACAAUCAGAUGUUUAUAGGGAACUAUACCUUCUUCUCCUACUACCAGCACUCUUCUCCUGUGGCUGCCAUGUUCAUUGUUGCCUACACCCUCAUCUUCUUCAUGUGCAUGGUUGGCAACAUGCUGGUGUGCUUCAUCGUGCUGAAGAACCGCCAGAUGCGAACGGUCACCAACAUAUUUAUCCUUAAUCUGGCCAUCAGUGAUGUCUUGGUGGGGAUCUUCUGCAUGCCAACAACCCUCGUGGACAACCUAAUUACAGGUUGGCCAUUCGACAUUGCCAUGUGCAAGAUGAGUGGGCUUGUCCAAGGGAUGUCUGUCUCAGCUUCCGUUUUCACCCUGGUGGCCAUAGCCGUGGAAAGGUUUCGUUGCAUUGUGUACCCAUUCAGGCAGAGGUUAACCCUAAAGAAAGCACUAAUCACCAUUGUUAUCAUCUGGGUCUUAGCCCUGACCAUUAUGUGCCCCUCAGCAGUCACCUUGACCGUCACCAGGGUUGACUAUCACUUCAUGGUAGAUGCCUACAAUCAUUCCUAUCCACUAUUCUCCUGCUGGGAAGCCUGGCCAGACCAGGAGAUGCGUAAGAUCUACACCACUAUUCUUUUCUCCCACAUUUACCUUGCUCCUUUCACUUCCAUUGUUAUAAUGUACACUCGUGUUGCCUUCAAACUGUUCAAAUCAUCUGCACCCAUAUGCGGCUCGCAGUCAGAGGAGAAUGAGGGGAGAAGGAUCUCCAGGAGGAAAAUCAGAGUGAUCAACAUGUUGAUCAUUGUGGCAUUGUUCUUCACUCUCUCGUGGUUGCCCCUAUGGACUUUAAUGCUCCUCACAGACUAUGGGAACCUAACUGAGUAUCAACUGAACCUCAUUACAGUUUAUUUUUUCCCCUUUGCUCACUGGCUGGCUUUCUUUAACAGCAGCAUUAACCCAAUCAUCUAUGGGUAUUUCAAUGAGAACUUCCGGAGAGGAUUCCAAGAUGUCUUCAAAUUUCAGCUCUGCUUCAUGGAGAAGAGGGACAAGGACACCUAUUCAGACAGGAACAACAGCGGAUUGCUUUUUGGGACACGCAAUCGGAUUUUUGUUGAAGUCCAAGGCAGUGACUUGGCACAGCCCUCUGAAUCUGGCCAAAGCAGCCUUUUGCAAGCAGGAUUAUUCCCAACGAGGAAUGGACGGGCAGCUCACCAUGGGUUGAUGGUCGAGCAUUUUGACAGUAAAGGUUGCUCUCCCAAAACUGUUAGUGUCUCAGCUUGGGAUAUGUAAGGAUAUCUGACACUCCACCAGCUGAUGCUGACUUUACUAGAUACCAUUGUGUCAUUUUUUCAGAGCUUGUGUGAAUCAAAUGCAUUGUAGGAUGGAUUAUCAAAACCAAAUAUUUUGCCCUUGUAAUCUGUGAAGGGAUGUGGGAUUUUCUUAUCCCAUAUAGGGGGAUUUUCUCUUCUUCUAGCCACAAGUUUUGAUACUCCAACAUGACUUUUAUAAAGUGUUUUGAUUUAUAAAUGCUUAGCCCAGUGGUUCUCAAGACCUACAACUCCCAGAAAUCCCAGCCAGUUUACCAGCUGUUAGGAUUUCUGGGAGUUGAAGGCCAAAAACAUCUGGGGACCCCAGGUUGAGAACCACUGGUUUAGCCCUUCCUCAAACCAGGUCUCAGACUGGAUUGUGUGGCUUGAGGCUUUCCUUCUGUGUUAGGACAAAAGACACAUUUGUUUUGAAAUAGGCUUCUUAACAUGGGGCUGUGGCUGGUCAACAAUCUCAUUUAUUGGACACUACUGGUGUGCUACCUCAAUAAAGGAACAACAAAGGAAGACUGAGAAAUCGAAGAAGAAAAGCAUCCAUCGUGGAAACAAUGGGACAAAUCGAAUAUUCUGCAUCAGUCUAACACUCCCGUUAACUUAUGUGACACUGUCAGUGCAGACGUUAACAUUAUGUCAUGGUUGUUAAUUCUACAGAGAGCUUGGAAAAGUUACUUUUGUGGACUACAACUCCCGGAGUCAUCUAGCCAACAUGGUCAGCAGAUAUGCCAAACUGUGAACUAGUGACAGGAAAACUGAGGAAAAAUAAUGGUAAUGCCAUUUCUGUGAUCACAGAAAGUUACUUUGUCUAAAGGGCUUGACUGGGUUGUUGUUCCAGUUCUCUUCUGCCUGUACGGAGAUAAUUUUCCUGCUUAUUUUGGGCAGGUGAUUGAAAGCUUGCUCCUUUUUCACCCUUCCUCCUUUCUCUGCAGGAAGAUUGCCCCACCUUUCUUCGGACUUAUUUUGCAACAUCUUUGGGAUACAAACCAAAUGCUCUACUGCUGUACCUCAUGAUAGCCCAGGUCUGGGGAAAGCGUGGGUCUCCAGAUGCUGCUGUGGCUUCCAUCAUUCCUCCGCAUGGGCUAUGCAGUCACUAUCAGUUGCACAUCAUAGCAGUAGCCAGUGUAAUAUUAUUUUUUCAAAACAAACAGUGGAAGGAGAUUCAGGAAUAAAUAAAUUCAGGAUAAAUAGUUUGAUCAGGCACCUGAAAAUUUUAGACAUCCUUCCUUAUACUGCCAACUGCAGGAUUCCCCAUGAAGCAGCCACGGCAGUUAAAAGUAGAAUCAUAGAACAAGAAUUCUAUAGUGUGAAGGGCUGUAAAACUAUACACAGAAACCAGAAGUGAAUUCAGGUCAACGAUGGGAACAUAAGGCUUUCAAAAUUGAUUCAUUAAUGUUGAUAGUUAAUAAUUUGGAAUCAAUCAAUUAACGUUAACACUGUGCAAUGUGUUGCAUUGACCAUCAUGUAUUACUUUGGUGAACUGACUAAUUUAAAGAAACUAUUGAAGGUACAUAAAAUUACUCAUUGGGUUGUUCCUAUUGCCCUCUAGUGUUCAGUUCCAUUUGUUUCUUCAAAAGUACCGCAUGUAACAUUUUCGUAGUUUUAAAUUGCCUUCCUCGGCCUGGCACUUUGCAUGUAUCCCAAAUGCACUAGGACUGCCAUGUUGGAUAAGGCUGUCCUAAAGUGUAGAGCUGACAUUUGAUCACUGAUCUGCAAAUCUUUCCUUCUUUCCACUUGAUGUAUAUGUCUGCUUUCAAGUUGGCUGUUACUUUAUGCCAGUGGUUCUCAACCUUCCUAAUGGCAUGACUCCUGAAUACAGUUCCUCAUGUUGUGUUGACCCCCAAUCAUAACAUUAUUUUCAUGGCUAUUUCAUAACUGUAAUUUUGCUACUGUUAUGAAUCAUAAUGUAAAUAUCUGAUAUACAGGAUGUAUUUUCAUUCACUGGACCAAAUUUAGCACAAAUACCUGAUACACCCAAAUUUGAACACUGGUGGGGUUGGAGGGGGGGGGGUGAUAUUGUCAUUUGGGAGUUGUAGUUGCUGGGAUUUAUAGUUAACCUACAAUCAAAGAACAUUCUGAACUCCACCAACGAUGAAAUUGAACCAAACUUGGCACACACAACUUCCACAACCAACAGAAAAUACUGGAAGGGUUUGGUGAGCACUGACCUUAAGUUUUGGAGCUGUAGUUCGCCUACAUCCAGAUAGCACUGUGGAUUCCAAACAAUGAUGUUCUGGACCAAACUUGGCAUGAAUACUCAAUAUGCCCAGAUUUGAACACUGGUGGGGUUUGGGGAAAAUAGACCUUGACAUUUGGAAGUUGUAUUUGCUGGCAUUUAUAGUUCAUGUACAAUCAAAGAGCCCCUUGAACACCACCAAUGAUAGAAUUGAGCCAAACUUCCCACACAGAACCCCCAUGGUGACCCCUCUGAAAUUCCCCUUGCAACCCUCCCAGGGGUCCCGACCCCCAGGUUUUUGUUUUUUUUGUGUCAGGAGCGACUUGAGAAACUGCAAGUCGCUUCUGGUGUGAGAGAAUUGGCCGUCUGCAAGGAUAUUGCCCAGGGGACGCCUGGAUGUUUUUAUCAUCCUUGUGGGAGGCUUCUCUCAUGUCCCCGCGUGGAACUGGAGCUGAUAGAGGGAGCUCAUCCGCGUUCUCCCCAGAUGGGAUUCGAACCUGGCAGCUUUCAGAUCAGCAACCCAACCUUCAAGUCACAAGGCUUUAAUCCACUACGCCAUCGGGGGCUCCACUCCCAGGUUGAGAAACACUGCUUUAUGGUAACACCAUAGAUUUCAUAGGAUUUUCUUAGACAGGAGAUACAGUCAGCCCUCCAUAUCUGUAUCCACAAUUCUGUCAGCGGGGAUGAUGGGUAGCAGAGUGAAAUCCAAAAAUUCACCAUCCCGGUUCACCUCCUUCUCUCCAGACUGUUUCCCCGUGUGGAAAACACCACUGGACAAACUCACUCCAGCAGAUGAGGGUUCAGUUGGUAGUCCAACGGCAAACAACUUUAUUUACAUGAUCUAUUUACAGAUAGAGCAAAUUCAGUCCUUUCCUGCUCCAUGAGUACUUUCCGAAAGACUCAUGCACACACACACAGCUCAUUGCUCAUCGCUGUUCUCGUUCUACACAGGAAAACUUACUCCCUUGCAUUCCACAGGAACCAAGAUAGUACGUCCCGGUCAAAACACACUUGACCCCAUUGGUCCUGUGAUACAUCAAUCAUAGCAGACUUUCAUUAACUCCAUAAUUGCUGUAUCCAGAUUGAUUUUAACAUUUCACAAUACACAAUACCCUGACAAUUCCCCUCCGAAAUGUUCAAAUCAAUUCUCUACAUAUACUUUAACACUCUACACAUUUGAUCAAUCUCUUGAAGUUCCACAAGAUAAUGCAUGUAUACAUACAGCCAUUUUCAAUCACAUGUAAAUUGUUUUGAUCACAAUACAUCAACUCUCUUCUUGCAUCUUUAUUAACACAAUCGAUGCCAGAACCAUAACCUAAUACACUGAUGCUUCACUUCAUUAAUCAAUAGUUUUCCCAACCUCUGAAAACUUAAUUCAUUGUGCCACAUAGAUUCAUUUGAUGCUGCCAGACUAUAUUACAACCACUGCUGGCUUAACCAUGGAUUUCAAUUUCUCUUAAAAUCCAAUUUCUUAAAACCAAUUCAUUACAUAAUCAAACUUCACCCAAAAAACUCUAGAGAGUUCUUUCUCUCACUCUCUAUCUCUUUUACAUCUUUAUUUUUCAUCACAAUUAUUCACAAAACUGAUUUAACUCUCUCUGAACAUAUAUACAUAUUUCAACUUCCGUUCAGACUAAUAAACAGGCACAAUGUUUUUGCAUCUCUUGCGCUUUGGCAACACCUGUGCCAAUUGACAAGUUGGAGACCACUGAUCAACUGAUUCAAUUUCGGUCUCAAGAAGAGAUAUAUCUUCACUUUUUUCUGUCACCUGCUCUUCACUCUCAAGCUUAGGUGAUUUUUUCCCUUUACCCCUUCUCUUCUGACUCUUCUGGGGAGUCUGUACUUCCCCAUGUUUCACUGGAGUAACCAUCUCCUCCUUAAUGGUUCGUUGCAUAUCCUUUUCAACAACAGAACCCCCUCCACCUGAAGCUUUCUGUACCUCCGCUUCCUUUGUGGAAUUGUUAUUAAACAACAUCUCUUUGUUCAAAUGCAACCUGUCCCAGCCUUCAUCCUUCUCAAAGAACGCCUUCUUUGAGAAAAUAAGCCUCCCAAGACCACUGUGAAAUUUAAGCUUGUCUUGGUAGUAGCCUAAGAACUGCAUCCUUUUCCACUUAGGCUCACCCUUUUUCCUUUGGUUGGCUGGAACUAAUACAUUAGCAUUUUGACCAUAUACUUUUAGAUAUCCUAUAUUUGGGGUUUUUUUGUACAUUCUCCGAAAUGGGAUGUCAUCCAAUUCCUCAUCCCAUAACCUGUUUAAAAUGUAAUUACUUGUGUGUGAACACUCUGGCCAAUUCUUAGUUGAGCUUUUGGAAUCUCUAAUUAAACACUCAUUCAUGUGAAGAAUUUGCUUCAUCCUAUUUUGAGCCACGCCUUCUUCAUUUGACUUAUUUGAUUUUACAUUUUUAAAUCCUAUAUUCCUUUCACUCAACAUUUUCUUCAUCUCUUCAUUACAUACAUUAACUCCUUUGUCAAAAACUAUUUGACCUACAUGCUGUUCAUAGACCCUUUGAACCAUGUCUAUCCAAUUAGACACCUUUACAACAGCUUCCUUCAAAUCCUUAAGGAAGUAAAUAUAUCCAAAUCUCGUGUGUCUAUCUACUAACAGCAAAGUAAAUUGAGAACCUCCCUGGCUUUUUACAUCAGAUUCUGUUACAUAUAUAUGGACCAUUUCAAACAUUUCCUGGGUCUUAAUUCCAGAUCUUUUUGGAUGCUCUUUUGAUUCAAUUCCCAUCUCUGAACAAACUGCACAGUCUAAUAAAUUUUCACAUUUCUCACACUCAAAAUCUGUGCAUAUUUCUAAAGUCUUUCUGAGCACCUCUACACGUGCAUGACCCAUUGCUCUGUGAAGAUGAUGGAUACACCUGUCAUGCAUAAUUUUCUGCUUCACACAAUAGACUUGUGCCCCAUCUGGAAAGUUAUUUUUGUCAAACAUCAUAUACAUUUUGUUUCUUUUUACACCUUUUGCGACUACUCGUCCAUCUCUCUGUAUAUAGUAAUAGAUCCCACUAAAAAUUACUCUAUAUCCGUUCUCAGUUAAGGUAGCCACACUUAAUAAAUUAGAACUCAAUUCUGGGAUGUAAAGUACAUUUUCCCAAUCCACAUUCAAGCAAGGAAUGAACACAGUGCCACAUUUGUUGAACUUCCUCUCAGUUCCAUCAGCCAAAGUCACUGCUGUUCCAGACACAUCCCUUCUGUUUUUCAAAAGUUUAAGAUUUGUAACAACAUGGUGUGUACAACCUGAGUCCAAAUACCACUUGUUCUUUUCGGUGAUCCUUCCAUUCACCGCAGCCAUAAACACUUGGGGCUUAGUUGUUGUUGACAAAUUCUUAGCCCCUCUGUUCCCAUGAGAACUUCUUGCCUUGUUGUUUGGGCAACUCCUGGCAAAAUGCCCCGGCUUGUUGCAGACAAAACACCGCCGUGUUUUGACCUGAUGUACUGCAACCUCCUCACGAUUCUCAGGAACACCAUCUGGACCAAAGCCGACCACUUGCGCCCCCUCCUGGUCGCACUGCGCUAUCGUCUGCUUCUGGGCUUGUUCAAAUGCCCUCCGGUCCACUUCUUCUUGGAUUCUCCCACAAACUGAAUCCAAAGUUAAAUCCUGGACUCUCACAUUCUGGAAAGAAUGUACCAGAAAGUCCCAGUCCUCAGACAAGCUGCACAGCACCAGAUAACACUUCUGUGCUUCAGAAUAUUGUAGGCCUCUUUCCUCAGCUCCAAUCAAUAAUUGCUUUACAUUGUCCAAAUGUUUUCUGACAUCUUGGCCCUGAACAAGUUUUGCUGAAAACAGCCUCUUAGUCCAAAUCAUUUGAGACAUGCAAGUCUCUCUCUCAUGGACAUUUCUUAAAGCUUGCCAUAUCUCCUCAGGAGUGUCCUUGUUUCUCACAUGGACAAGUUGGUUUGGUUGGAGGCACAGUAUCAAAUAUGCUUUGGCUUUCCUUCUGUGCUCAGCAUUUUGAUCUGAACCAUUGAGGGUACUCUCCAAAUCUUCUGAUGCCAGCAAAGACCGCAUCAUUACUGACCACGAAGCAUAAUUAUAAUCAGACAGCUUUUCCAUGCUGGAAAUGAAGCUUUUCCCAGCCAUCUCAGCCAUCAAGAUUCAACACCCCAAGCUCCCGGUGAAUCAGCUGCCUCCGUGACCCUCGGUCCCCGAGAUUAAGCCGUAUUGCCACUUACUCAAGUGCAGACUCAGGCGGUCACAAUCUUCUCCUGCAGCUUCACUGGAGCUCUCUUUCGGGUCCCCUCCGUCUCUGGAAUCCCUCUCACAGCCGCACAGUUGCUGAAAGCUCACCAGCCAUCAGCAUCUCCAUCUACUGCGCAGCAGGAAGCGUGGAGGCCUGGGCCCAUAACCCAAUGUCAGCGGGGAUGAUGGGUAGCAGAGUGAAAUCCAAAAAUUCACCAUCCCGGUUCACCUCCUUCUCUCCAGACUGUUUCCCCGUGUGGAAAACAGCACUGGACAAACUCACUCCAGCAGAUGAGGGUUCAGUUGGUAGUCCAACGGCAAACAACUUUAUUUACAUGAUCUAUUUACAGAUAGAGCAAAUUCAGUCCUUUCCUCCUCCAUGAGUACUUUCCGAAAGACUCAUGCACACACACACAGCUCAUUGCUCAUCGCUGUUCUCGUUCUACACAGGAAAACUUACUCCCUUGCAUUCCACAGGAACCAAGAUAGUACGUCCCAGUCAAAACACACUUGACCCCAUUGGUCCUGUGAUACAUCAAUCAUAGCAGACUUUCAUUAACUCCAUAAUUGCUGUAUCCAGAUUGAUUUUAACAUUUCACAAUACACAAUACCCUGACAAAUUCAACCAUUCACCGCUUGAAAAUGCUUUUUACAAAAACAAAAAGCAAACAUUGAUUUUGUCAUUUGAUAUAGGGACUCAAUUUUACUAUACCAUUGUAUGUAAUGGAAGUUGAGCAUCUGCAUAUUUAGUAUCCUGAAACCAAAUUCCAGUGGAAACCAAGGGCGCACUGUAUUUGUGUCCAGGAUUUCUUGACUUGUACUAUUUACAUUUAUUUUACAGCGAUUUUCUCCUUUUCCUUCAAGCAAGUUGCAAGCAUGGCUAGUUUCAUUUUUUUAAAUCAUAAAAAUGGCAUAACAGUUUCACCUCCUUUCAGAAAGGUAUGUGGUUCUGCAGUAUGAAGAUGCCAACGAAUUGUGUGUGUGUGUGUGUGUGUGAUUUUGCUCCUGUGCCUUUAACAGCCAUUGGAUCUGCAGAAGACUGUGGCAUCAUUUACAAAUUCUUGCAGAUCCUGCCAAAGACACAGGUGCAGAGACUCUACACAAAUGUCAUGCCUGCUCUUAACCAUUUUUUCCCUGAAUUUAAAAGAAUAAAACAGCCAGUGAAUAAAACAGCCAGUGAAAUUAAGUGUGCAGUCAAAUCAGGAUAUGUCCAUGAAACUCAAGUGGAGAAUUCAUCUGCCUAAGUAAAGUGUUUGAUGCCUGCAUUGGUGCACUGCUUUGUCUUCUCCCGCACUCACUGUUAAGUAAAGAUUAUGCCUUGUGUUGUAAAUGACAAUUUUGCUGUUUUUGACAAUGUAACAGAAAUAAAGGCUACUCUCUGCUGCCA